AUGUCUAGGGCCCAGUUCUUGCGGGAGUACAAGCUUGUCGUGGUCGGCGGUGGUGGUGUCGGCAAGUCCGCGCUGACCAUUCAAUUCAUUCAGAGUCACUUUGUGGACGAGUAUGACCCCACAAUAGAGGACUCAUACCGGAAGCAAUGCGUGAUCGACGAUGAGGUCGCCCUGCUCGACGUCCUCGAUACCGCCGGUCAGGAGGAGUACGGUGCCAUGCGUGAGCAAUACAUGCGCACGGGCGAGGGGUUCCUGCUGGUGUACUCCAUCACGUCGCGUAACUCGUUCGAGGAAAUUAGCACGUUCCACCAGCAGAUCCUCCGGGUGAAGGAUAAGGACUCGUUCCCCGUCAUCGUCGUGGCGAACAAGUGUGACUUGGAGUACGAGAGGCAAGUGGGCAUGAAUGAGGGCCGCGACCUUGCCAAACAUUUCGGCUGCAAGUUCAUUGAGACCUCUGCCAAGAACCGUAUUAACGUCGACGAGGCAUUCAGUAACCUCGUCCGUGAAAUCAGAAAGUACAACAAGGAGCAGCAAUCAGGCCGCCCUGCACUUCCGAGCAACGCUUCCGCGGGCCCGGGUGUCUACAACAACCCGAACGACCGCCACGACGAGGGCACGGCGGGCUGCUGUGGAGGAUGCAUCAUCGCUUGA